GUACACUACAUAGGGUGUAGGGAGCCAUUUGCGACGCAGCCUUCUCCUCACUCUCUUUACACACCUCCCCUUCUGUUUGCACAUGUUGCUUUCUGGUAUUUCAACACAGGACAGAGACGGAGAGGAAGAUGGUGUUCAAACGCUUUAAACGCUGGACCUGAGGCCUUGGAGAUUGUCCUGUCGUGUAUGAGCGGCCUUGGCGUCUUUUCCUCGUCCCAUCCACCCAUAUGUGCACAGUCGGAAUGGAAAACGGCACUGGACACAAAAAGACGCUGUUCGGGAACCUGCGGCUGCGGGCCAAGUGGCCACGGGGCAGUAGUGCCCACAAAAGCUCCAGCAAGCAGCAGGAGCGGAAGCUGGACCAGCGGAUGAGCUCCUCUGUGCCGGAUGUGAGGUCUACGAGGCCCACCCUGCCUUCACGCCAGGACAUCCAUCCAGCACUCUUUCAGGACCCUCUCUGUUACAGCAGCCCCUCCAGCCCCCUCAAACAACCUAUACAAGAGAGAGGGGUCAGUGCCCAGCUUUCUGAUGGCUUGCUGGCCAUACCCAGGCCCUCUUCUGGUUGGACGUCCCAAGAGUCAAUCAACGGCAGUCUGCUCGAGGAGCAGAGCCUUUUUUUGGAGGCUCCAGAGGAGAUGGACGGAAGGCAGCUCAGUUCUCGGCCCAAAGCGGAGCUGCCUUCACUGGAAGUGUCGGAGGACUCGACAGAGAUACAGCAGAGACAGCGGAUUGAGAACAAUGACACUGAUUCUCUUACCUCUCAUGACACUGAGCAAAAUACAAUUCUGGACACACCAGGAGACACAGGGAAUGUGUGCGAGAAUCAGAGAGAAUCUCCGAAAAUGUAUCUGCUCUCCAUCAACCUUAAAGAGGGACGAGGCCUCGUCAUAAGGGACCGCUGUGGUACCAGCGAUCCAUAUGUAAAGUUUAAGCUUGAGGGGAAGACAUUGUACAAAAGCAAAGUAGUGUAUAAGAACCUCAACCCCACCUGGAAUGAGUGUUUCUCCUACCCCAUCCGUAAUCUGCAACACAAACUCUACAUCAAGGUCUAUGAUCAAGACCUAACCACAGAUGACUUCAUGGGUGCCAGCAGUGUUGACUUGAGUGAACUGGAACUUGAAAAGACAGUCGAGAUGGUGCUGCCGCUCGAUGACCCCAACAGUCUGGAGGAGGAUAUGGGCGUGAUUAUCAUUGAUAUCUCCCUAUCAGUCAGAGAUGGGGACAGCAAAAAACUUAAGUGGGCUCAGAAGGGAAAACGUAGCCUCCAGUCAGGCUCGUCACCGCAGACCAAGCGUCUCUCUGAGUCUUUGAAGAAGAGCCAGUUGUGGACAGGGGUUCUGACCAUCACGUUGAUAGAGGGCCAGAAUCUGCCUGAAGAUGGACAAGGAGAUAUAUUUGUGCGCUUCAAACUAGGAGACCAGAAAUACAGGAGCAAGAGUCAGUGCAAAAGGCCCAACCCUCAGUGGAGGGAGAGGUUUGACUUCAACCAGUUCAUCGAUGGGCCAAACUUUUUGGAGCUUGGGGUUUGGGCCAAAGAAGGACGAAAAUAUGAAGAAUGUUAUGGACUGUGUGAGGUUGACCUGUCUACGUUGUCGAUGAACAAGCCUCAGCUGUUCACGUGUGCUCUGGAGCCGGGCCGAGGCAGAGUGGUAUUCCUGAUCACUCUUACCGCCUGCACAGGAGUGUCCAUCACUGACCUGUGUGCUCCACCGCUAGAGGAACCACACGAAAGAGACAACAUGCUGAGCAAAUACGGUUUCAGGAACUCCUUCAAGAACAUCAAGGAUGUUGGUUUCCUUCAGGUCAAAGUGAUCAAAGCCUGCGACCUCAUGGCUGCUGAUUUGAAUGGAAAGAGUGAUCCAUUCUGUGUGCUGGAGUUGGGCAACGACAGGAUGCAAACUCACACGGUCUACAAAACGCUCAACCCCGAGUGGAACAAAGUCUUUACCUUUCCAGUCAAAGACAUUCAUGAUAUAUUGGAAGUGACAGUCUUUGAUGAGGAUGGAGACAAGCCGCCAGACUUCCUGGGGAAAGUGGCCAUUCCUGUACUUUCUAUACACAAUGGUCAGACUAUUUCUUGCCCAUUGAAGAAGGACCACUUGGAGAGUUUAUCCAAAGGAACCAUAUUACUGGAGCUUGAAGUCAUUUUCAAUCCUAUCAAAGCAAGCAUCAGAAGCUUCAAUCCGAGGGAGAGGAAGUUCCUUGAAGACAAUCCAAAAUUUUCCAAAAAGGUGCUGGCAAGGAAUGUUGUUCGUGUGAGAAACAUCUACAGAGCGUUGAAUCAAGUCCUGCAGUACAUUAAGAGCUGCUUUCAGUGGGAGAGUGUUCAGAGGAGCGUCACUGCAUUCAUGAUCUUCGUGCUGACAGUGUGGUACUGGGAAUUCUACAUGUUGCCUUUGUUCCUGAUCAUCAUGCUCGUGUGGAACUAUCUACAGAUCGCCUUCGAGAGGGUCAGCCAAGAUCAGGACAGUAUGGAUCUUGGGGAUGAGGAAGAUGAAGAAGAUAAGGAAUCUGAGAGAAAAGGCUUGAUAGAGAAAAUCCACAUGGUCCAGGAUAUUGUCAUCACUGUCCAGAACCUACUGGAGGGAAUAGCCUGCUUUGCUGAAAGAAUAAAAAACACAUUUAACUGGUCAGUGCCAUUUUUAUCAAACCUGGCCUUUCUGGUUCUCAUCAUCAUCACAGUGAUCACAUACUUCAUCCCACUGCGCUAUGUUAUCUUGAUAUGGGGUAUAAAUAAAUUCACAAAGAAACUCCGGAAUCCAUACGCCAUUGACAACAACGAAGUAAUGGACUUCCUCUCCAGAGUGCCUUCAGAUGUCCAAAAGGUGCAGUACUAUGAGAUGAAGCACAGCCACAUGCACAACCCAGUGAGGAGAAAGAGAACAGCCUAGUAGAUCCAGAGUCACAUCUCACCAGCUGAGACCUUUCUAACACUGACACUAAGCAUCUCCUUGAUGUUCACUGCUGAUUUCUUUUUUUUUUUUAAAAACUUGAAACUUGAAUUCCAGAAGCGUUUAAUUAAUGGUUUCACUGAUUUAAAAUCAUUUCUCAACAUUACAAGUCAUUUUAAAUGACUUCAAUUCAGUCAAACUGAUCUCCACUGUGGUUUGUGUAUAUUGCCAUUGUUACUGAUGAGUUAAAACCAAAGAAACUACUGCUAGCUUACCAAGAAGGAGAGAUGAGGUUAUAACACUCUGGGCAGAUCUAGCUUCUAAUCUGUUCUGACUUCAGUGAACUGUUGGCAGGUAAAAGCUUCUUAAAUGUAGGCGAUAAUAUUUCUCAUUAUAAGAUUGAGACGUUUGAGAAUAUUAUAGGAUUAUUCAACCUAUUUGAAGACAUUUUUACUUAUUUUAAGUAAUUAUACAGUAACUGUAGAUAAGUAAAAUAAUCUGCCAGUGCAAUAUAAACUCGUUAACAUCGUAUUUGUAUGUGAAAAUGUCCAGAAAAAGGUUAAGUAGCCUUAUAAUAUUCCCACACAGUUAUAAUGAGACAUAUAAGAUAUAAGGUUAAUAUGCUUCCACUUACAAUGAUAACAUUUAGUGUAUACAGUCAGUUGCCCAUACAGGCUUUCAGUUGUGUUCAGUAGGUAAAUAUUCAAACUGCAGCCCAGGAUUUAUAUUAAAGCGAAGCCACCUCUGAACUGCUGAUUGCUGUGUGUUAUAGAGAGUGCAAUAAUGUUAUAACUGAUGUCUUCUAAUGGAACAGUGUAAUGCAUCUGCUUGUCAGACUGCAUGCAUAUAAAGACUGUGGGUUUAAGGUGAGCCUUAGUGGUGGUGUGUAUAAAAGAUAAAGUAAAUUAAGAACUUUUAGCUUCAGAAUAUUUAUGUGUAUAUAUGUUUUUAUACUUUUAAACCUUUUAAUGAUCAGGUGUCAAUACGAUUAUAAAGAUUUUCCACCCUGCCACCCCCGAACCACACAGCACAUACCCAGUUGUGUAUGUAGAAACAUACGUGCCUUCUGUUUAUGCUGUGUUAUUGUACAUAAAACUAAAUUCAAACUGCACUUUCCUUACUGAAUGCUUCUGCUUGUGCUAUAAUAGUGUUGUAUGUGAGAUGGAGUACAGUGACGAUUACAUUCCUCGUUUACCAUUUACUUUAUUUUAUUUUUCAAAUUUAAAUCAGCUCCGUUUAUGAAUGUACAACAAAUAUGUAGCCAAAUGAAAUCCAGUUUUACCGAGACGUGUGUUAAGGCACAGCAGUCUUGUGUUGAUCUUUUGCACAAAGAAAUUACUGCAGUAAUGCAGUUCACUAAAUGGACCAGAUACUGUACAGCAGAAAAUGUUAUGCACAGCAAACUCAAUAAACAAGACAGAUUGACAAA